GUGAACCGGCGAAACGCUUAAGAACGAGCCUUUCAACCGCGUUUCUCUGAACUGCUCCUUUCGGUAUGGGUGUGGGCGGAUCCUCGUCUGGACACGGAAGCCGAUACACCCUUGAGGGACGGAGCAAAAAAACAUCAUUUUGAGUGUAUUUGACUUGAUGCGGACGGAUGACUUUCCACAGGUACACAAGUACACACAAGUACGCAUAUUGAGAAAAGGAAAGAGGUCUGGUUAACAAUGGCUCUCCAGCAGUUUGUGUGCUUUUUCACUGUGAUGAUCAUUCUCUUUUACAGAGGUUGUUACUCACAGUCUCUUGAAUGUGGCAGAAUCAUAGGAACUCAAGAUAAAAGCCCAGGAAGAUGGCCAUGGCAGGUCUUUAUAUUGAAAGAGAACGAUUAUGCCACUGAAGGUUCUCUAAUCACCGACCAGUGGGUGCUGACACUUGCUCGUACUGUACAAUAUCAUGAACCGAGUGGCAUAACGGUUCAUCUGGGCCCCAUCGAGACAAGCUCAACUCCAAAUGUGCAUUUGCCUCUGGAAACGCUCAUCUGUGAUCCUGGAAACGAACUGUGCCUUCUGAAGCUGGCAUCCCCUGUAAAUCUUACAGACCAAGUACGGCCAAUCUGCUUAGCUUCAGAGCAUAGCACUUUCUAUGCUGGCACUGAAAGUUGGAUGACUGGUUUUAGUGUCGCUGGUACUGGGACAACCAAUCUAGAAAUCGUAGGAAACAAUGAGUGCCAAUGCUACCAUGGACCCUUAUCUGGAAACACGAUCUGCGCUGGGCUAAAAGAAAGACAGAGUACAUGUUUGGGAAACUGGGGAGGGGCACUCAUGAACAAAAAUGAUUCAGUUUGGGUCCAGAGUGGAGUUCUGAGUUCCUAUGAAGGCUGCAGUGUACCUUCGAAAGCUGGAGUCUAUGUUCCUGUGUCCCGGUACCAGAAAUGGAUCAGUGAUACUGUCGCCGAUACACCCCCAGUCUUCGUUACCUUCACCUCCCCAGACAUUGACAUUGACUUAUUCUUCACUUGUUCCACAGACCCAGAACAUCCAACUCCUACUCCUCCAUGUGACAGCGUGUUUUGUGGUGGUGAAAGCCUGAUGCAUUUCACUCACUUCGCCUCGCUGUGUGUUCUUGUUGUGUCUCUCCAUGUUCUUGUUGGAAGUGGUGGAAUUUGACACAACACAAUUUCCCAAGUCUUGUAAUUAAGUACAAGAUUGAAUUACUUUACUUCAGUACUUUACCUUUAUAGCACUUUACAACUCAGAGGUGAAAGUUAUACUUUUUUUCUUUAAUAGAUUCAUCAAAAAGCUCGAGUUUCCAGUUACCUUAGGCCCCAACAACACAGGGCUAGAGACCCAUUGGUGACCAGCUGGCAGCCACCAGUCAUGAGGGCAAAAUGUGUUAUUGCCCUCAUGACUGGUUAGUGAUUGAUUGAUGGAGGUUGCUGCCAGUUACUGUGAAAUCGAUUGCUGAAGCUCCAUUCAAAACUAAAAGAAACAAUAAUCACAUCAGACAUUUUCACACAAAAUAAUUAAGAAUGGAACUGGUCACUCCAGCUUCUCAAAUACAGGGAUUUACCAGUCUUUCUUUUAAUGAUCAAAUUCAUUUUUAACCUUUUAUUUACUUGUGGUUACCUUGGGCACUAUGAUAGAAAUCAUAAAGGCUUUGAAUAUCAUCAAAUGAAAUCAUUUUAAAUCAUUCUGUAGACUGAAAUGUUAUUAAGUCAAAAUCUGGAGUGAAUGUGUUGAAAUCUUUUCAAAUCAUGUUUUGCAAUGGAAUUUUGGGAUAUUGUAUAAAAUAUUAUUGUAUAAAAUACAAUGGGAAAACAAUCCUGCGGAUGAUUUGCUUCAUAACAUGUUUUCUUGAGUUUAUGAUAUAAAAUUCAGGAAUAGAUUCACAUUCUGUUGAAUACAAUAUGAUAUCAUCUUUUAGGUUACGAUCCACUGUAGAGUCAAAAAGAAGUAUAAACCGCAGUAUGUUUAACCUCAUUUUGUCCAUCAGAUCCACGCCUUUGUGACGAACCUAAGCUGUAGCUUUAGGUUCCUGGUCUGUCUUUUUCUGUGGAACUCCUCAGAACAAUUACACACUUGAAAUGUUAGCAGUCAUGUAUGAUGCUUACAGUAAUGGAUAUUAACAUAUAUUGUUCUAAAAUGAUAUGGAUGAUUUAAAAGCAAAUAUAUAAAAAUUAAAAAUACUAAUAAAAUGGCUUCAAAUGUACCA